CUAUUCAUUCUGAGCUCUGACAUCCGAGGUAAAUUACCAGUUGAGUUAGCAUUUGGGAUUGCGCUCAUUAGAGUUUUAUUCCACUUCAGUUUUACUUUGCAGGCGGUUGAUUGAGAUUUGAGAUUUGAGAUUGGAGAUUGGAGAUUGGAGAGUGUGAAAUUUUCAAUUUAGGGCUUUGUUGUGUUAUGUCAUAUGCAGACCAGAGCAGAGCAGAUUGAAGAAAAGCAAGGAUCGAUCGACCAAAAUGGAAGGCUGGGAUGGGAUCGGGAAGCGACCCUCCAUCUUCGUCAUCGGAUGUCCCAACGUUGGCAAGCGCACCCUCCUCUCCCAAAAACAAUGCAGGGCUUGCCUCUGUGGAGUUUGAAGAAGAAGAUAAUGCCUCUGAAGUAGUUGUCCAGGGCUGGACUAUCAACACCAAAUACUACACUGCUGAUGUUUCUGUGUGUAUGGCUCAUCUUCAAGAUGGAUUUUCAGUUGGAGCCCACCCUAUUUUUAACAGUUCAACUGCCUUGCUCAUGGUUUUUGACAUGUCUCAUUUAUCAACUCUUGAUGCACUUCAGGAUUGGGUAUCUCGCACUGAUAUUCAAAACUUUGAGAUUCUACUCUGCAUUGGAAACAAAGUGGAUCUUAUUCCAGGUCAUCCCGUCCAUGCUGAAUACAGAGAACGCCUACUCAAACGUGCUGAUUCCUCUGCUCAUUUUUCUUAUGACUUCACUUAUUAUGGAAUUUCUCAAACUGAAGGAAGCAGUUUAUUGGGGGAUGAAGAUCCAUCCUCCAACAUUCGCAGAAAAUGCUUGGAAUGGUGCAUUGACCACAACAUUGAAUUCAUUGAAACUUGUGCUUCUAAUGCCGAUUUUGACAAAUGUUUGUCAGUUGAUGGUGAUUUACAAGGAGUUGAACGUCUUUAUGGUGCUCUGUCUGCUCAUAUGUGGCCCGGAAUGGUUCUGAAAUCCGGUGAUAAGAUAACUGAACCAUCGCUACCUGAGAAAGAAGAGUCAUCAGAAGAAGAACCUGAUUAUGAAUUGGACUAUGAAGUGCUAUCUGCGGGUUCAGCUGAACCAUGGGAUGACACAGGUGAAGAAUGGGUUUCUGCAAGUGGAGCUAACGCAGUCCUGGAUAUAGGGAAAUCAAUUGGUGAGGACAAUUCUUUUACAGAGUGUGUUCAAGGAAACAUAACCAGAAAUGAAAAGGAAGAGCUGCAGCCUUUUGCAGCAGUUUCUGCAUCAGAGGAUAAUAUUGACAGAGUGACACCUAAUGCCGGAGAACCUGACGAAGCUUCAGCUUCAGAAUUAGAUGAUGGUACACAUUAUGAUUUUGAGGAUUUGGAACAGUUGAUGUCUGAGAUAGGAAACAUUCGCAGCAACUUGAGGUUAAUGCCUGAUUUUCAGAGGAGGGAGAUGGCUGCAAAGCUGGCUAUGAAAAUGGCUGCCAUGUUUGGAGGUGGCAGCGAUGAUGAAGAGGAAAUAUGAGUGAUCAAUGAGGAUAUUGCUGUGUUAUAAGAACUACCAGAUUGAUCAUUCCUUAAUCUCAAUUCUUCUUUUGAAUUUUGGAAGAUAAUGAUGAUAUGUAGUUUAUAUACAAAGUUAAUAGAAAAGAGCUACACGGAAAUUUUAUUGAUA